AUGAGUGGGGCUGGAGAGCACACAGACAUCCUGUCGGUGGCAGAUGUGGUCAGAGACAGGUGGAAAGUGAUCCGGAAGAUAGGCGGCGGUGGCUUCGGGGAGAUCUAUGAGGUCCUGGAUCAGCUGAGCCAGGCCACAGUGGCCUUGAAGGUUGAGUCAGCUCAACAACCCAAACAGGUGCUGAAGAUGGAGGUGGCGGUGUUGAAGAAGCUGCAGGGUAAAGAUCAUGUGUGUCGCUUUGUCGGCUGUGGCAGGAAUGAUCGUUUCAAUUAUGUGGUGAUGGAACUCCAGGGGAGGAAUCUGGCCGACUUGCGUAGAACAAUGACCCGCGGCACUUUUUCCAUCUCCACAACUUUGAGACUUGGCAAGCAGAUUUUAGAGGCCAUUGAAAGCAUCCAUUCUGUGGGAUUCCUGCACAGAGACAUUAAACCGUCAAACUUUGCAAUGGGGCGGCUGGCCAGCACCUGCAGAUGCUGCUACAUGCUUGAUUUUGGUUUGGCCCGUCAAUUUACCAACUCCAAUCAAGAAGUCCGUCCACCUCGUCCUGUGGCAGGUUUCAGGGGAACCGUGCGUUAUGCUUCAAUCAAUGCGCACAAGAAUAAGGAGAUGGGUCGUCAUGACGAUCUGUGGUCCCUGUUCUACAUGCUGGUUGAGUUCAUGGUUGGGCAGCUUCCCUGGAGGAAAAUUAAAGACAAAGAACAAGUCGGAAAUCUGAAAGAGACGUAUGACCAUCGACUCAUGCUGAAGCACCUCCCCACAGAGUUCAGCUCUUUCCUGGAUCAUAUCUUGAUCCUGGACUAUUUCACUAAACCUGACUAUCAGCUAUCAAAUGCUGAUGUGUGCGUAUCUCGUUUUUCCCUGAGACAGCUUCUGAUGUCAGUGUUUGACAAGGCCAUGAAGAGCCACAGCGUGCUGGAGAAUGACCCCUAUGACUGGGAGAAAUGUGAUUCAGAGGAUAUGCUGACCAUCACUGCCGCAGCAACCACUGCUCAGCAGCUCACUCGCCUCACACCAGCUUACCUAGGCAUGGCCAACGCUUCAGUGCUGCCGGGCGAGCUACAGCGAGAGAACACUGAGGAUGUCCUUCAAGGGGAGCGGCUCAGUGACGCUGACAACUGCCCCCCCAUCCCCACACCGACCACCCCUGGUGCAGAUGUAUGGGAGGAGAUGGACCGCAACCGGAACCAAAAGCAAGCACAGCCAGUGAUCAGGAAGGUGGUGAGUGAGGAUGAGCACAGUCAGAAUCAGGGAAACCAAAGUCCCAACACUGGCUCCAUGCAGAGUUCACCCAGACGGGUGCGAUCGGAGACCAUGUUCUUAGACCGGGCUGCACCGCUGCUCCGGAGGAUGAGGCACAGCCAGAGCUUGGCAUUCGAAAAGAGGCUUGCACCUGAACCCAAGCCCACCAUAGAGCGCUUCCUGGAAGCAUACUUAGGGAAACAGCGUCCCGUCCUGUCGCACGUCGGGGAGAAAUGCAUUCCUGAGGUGGGACACGGGCAGCAGUCGGCUUCUGGCCCGGAGGAGCGCUCUGGCACCGCAACCCCCGACCCAGAGGAGGGAGCAGCAAGCAGUGGCUUCGUUGCUGUAAACGUCAGCCCUGCACCCCAUGAGGGAGACUCUCAGGAGUGGGUGAUGCUGGAGUUAGAGCAGGGCAGCGCAUCAGCCGGAAGCAGGCCUCCAGCAGAAGGCCAGCAAGAGGAGAAGCCUGGAACCCGCACUGUUUCUGAAGCCGAGAAGCACCCCUCCGAGCAGCCGGAGGGCCAGGCCAGUACCGCGGUGCCCAGCAGCCCUGUUUUGUCCCAGAUGGCCAUGCCUGGCACGUGGUUACUGGGCCACCGGCGUCUGCCAGGGAUGUUGGGACAGAUGCCUUCAGUCAUCAUGGGAAGACCCCAGAUGGACCAGUCGUCUGCUCAGAGGAGCGAUGCAGCAGCACUGCAGGAACCUUCUGGGAAACAGGAAGAACCUGCAGGGGAAAGCUUGAAGGAGAAGGAGAGGUUGGACUUGGUCCCCGUGUUAAGCCCAGCCAAGGGCCCCACGGCUCACCUGACCAAUGACAGAGACCCGGAAAGCGAUUCCGGCCUUCCCGAUCGCUCUUCCGAGCCGAAUCAGCAACCUCAAGUUGACACAGCAGGAGGCGCAGUUGAGAGCACCGUCACGGUGUCCUCGUCUCCCCCUCCAGCCUUUCUCCGGAGGAGAGAUUCUCCCUCUUCCCCAAGACUGAGUCGAAUUCCUGUCCGAGAUCCCAGCAACCCUUUGGACUCUCCAAGCAGGGAUCCCAACAUGGAGAGGCGACACCGCUGGAGCAGUCCGGCGCCCGGCUCCCCCACGCACUCGCCGUCUCCUUCUCUGUCCUGCGACAACCUGCCCUGCGCUCUGCCGAGAGACAGGCUGACUUCAGACAGAGUCUCCAGGUCCGACUGUGCAGGUGAAGACCCUCUGUCCCUGUCCUCCUCCUCAGGGAGUAAAAGUAGGAUCCCGCGUCCUGUGAGUGCCUCAUUUCUGCCAGAGCAGCUCAGUAGCAGGUUUCUGCCUCGACCACCUCCUGGGAAACCACCUCCCCGUCCAUGUGUGGACAACAGGCGGCGGCGGUUGAGGGUGCGUGCCAGCAGCACCAGUGAUGCCGACUUCCUGGCCAGCCUGACCCAGCUGAUGCAGGACCGCAGCGGGAUGCUCUUCAGCCCCCCUCCUCGCCCUCGCAGCUCGUCUUCGUCCCUGCAGCGCUCCUUAAGCUCCUCCCCUUCUCGCCAGGAGCUCCGCGACGGCGGGACACUGCAGGGACGCAGCCGCUCUCCGUCCAGCCUCUCGGGCUCCCCUCCUCCUCGCCACAUCCACCCACAGGAGCGGGCCACGGGGCUGGGUCAGUGGGGCCUCAGCUCCAGAGGAAGAGGUCCACUCUGCGAGGGCAGAGGCUCCGGGAAAGUGACUCGAUGA